UCAAGCAAUGUUCACGCCAGGAAAAUCCCUCAUCGCACUUGUCAACAUAGUGACACUCUUCGGCCCCUUCCUAGCAGAUUGGANNAUGAAACACACAUCUAUAACCCCACCUGGCCACCCCACGCCCGCUACCACAACGGCCAAACCAUGUCCAUGGGCCUCUUCAUCGGCCUUUUAACCUUCUACAUCCUUUUCGUCCACCUGCCAUCCACACCCUCCCCCUCAACCCAAAUUUUACAUCUGAAUUGGAUAUUGGUGCUGCAGACUUUGAUCUAUGGGAGUAGUUUGUCAGGGAUAUUGUAUCCGGGGGCUGGGUGGAUGGACCCAGAGUUUGGGGAUGGAAAACCACAGUUGUAUGGGUUUCCGGUGUUGAUGGGGUUGUGUUGGGUGGGAUGGUCGGUGGAGAGAAAGAGGCUUGGGAGAGUC